AUGUUGAACAAGUUGCAAACAAAUCGUCUUCGGUUAAGAGCUCACGUACUUGUGGUGCGAUUGCUUGCACUUCAAGGGAUUCCGUUUAGAGGCCACGAUGAGAAAUCUAGUUCGUCCAAUCGUGGCAAUUUCUUGAAUUUUGAAUUGAGAUUGAAAAAUGUAAUUCGUGAAGAAAUUGGAGUUGCCAAGUAUUGCAUUAUUGUUGAUGAAGCCGUGAUGAGUCAAAAAAAGAGCAAAUGUCUAUUUGUGUUGCGGUUUGUGGACACUAAUGGAUUCAUUCAAGAAAAGAGCAUUAUUGUCAAGUUUUAUGCACAAGAUUUUACAAGUGAAGAAAAAGAGAGUUUGAAGAUGCAACUGAAACAUUAUGAGCAUAAUGUAGUCAAAGGCUGGUCAGACUUCAAAAACUCUUUCAACGCAAUUUCUGAGUUGGGUCAAUGGUUGGUAAAGACUAAUAAAUCUGCUACAUACGACCUCAUUUUUAGAGUGAUCGUACUUGUGCUUACUCUUCCAGUUUCUACUGCUACUGCAGAACGAUCAUUCUCAGCUAUGAAUAUCGUCAAGACUAGACUUCGAAGCAAAAUGGAGGAUGCUUUCCUCUCCGACGCAUUAAUGGUGUUUAUUGAAAGAGAAAUUGCUAAAAGUCUGAGCAUUGAUGAUAUCAUUGAAGACUUUAAAAAUUUUAAGGAACGUCGAAUUCCUUUUAGUUAG